AUGACUGAUUUCUAUGAAAUACUGGAAAUUGAGAAAACAGCUACUGAUGACGAAGUCAAAAAAGCAUAUCGUCGAUUAGCUUUAAAAUGGCAUCCUGAUAAAAAUCUUUCAAGUAAAAAACAAGCUGAAGAAAAAUUCAAAUUAAUUUCUGAAGCUUAUGAAGUUUUAUCUGAUAAAGAUAAACGUCGAAAAUAUGAUCAAUUGGGCCGAGCUGGUUUAUCAAAUGGACAUGGAAGCAGUGCAUAUUCAUCUAAUGGGGGUUAUUCGAGAUUUUCUGAAGAUUUUCUUAAUCGUACAUUUCAUUUUCAUAAUCCAUUUGAUAUAUUUGAACAAUUUAUGUCACAUUUUGGUGUGGAUGAUGAUUUUGGUUUUGGUAUGAAUCCAUUCGGUGAUUUACAUAGUCGUCUUCAUCGUUUUGGAAAUCAAAGUUCAUCAUCAUCACGACGUGAUCCACAUCGACAACAAAUGGCUUUAUUUGAUAAUAUGUUUUCUCCAAUGCGAAUGUCUUUAUUCGAUCAUAAUCUAUUUGAUCAUGAUUUCGGUGGACAUCAUACUGGAUCUAUAUCAUCAGUUAAUUUUUCAUUUGGUAGUGGAAAUUCGCGACCCGUAUCAAAGAAAACAACGAAAUCAACUAAAAUAAUGAAUGGUCGUCGUAUUGUCACGACACGAGUAGAAGAAAAUGGACAAACAACAGAAACAGUUGAAGAAGAUGGUCGAAUAACGUCAAAAAAAGUUAAUGGAGUUUUACAAGCAAUUAAAUGA